AUGAGCUUCCUUGAUCACAUGAUUCAUCUCAUAAAGGAGUGCAUAUCUACUGUCGCGUACCAAGUCCUUAUCAACGGACAACUAAGCAAAAUAAAAUUUCCUCAGAGGGGUCUCCGUCAAAGAGACCCUCUCUCACCUUACUUGUUUAUUAUCUGUGCAAAUGUUCUGUCACGAAUGCUGAAGAGAGAGGUUGAAGACAAGCACCUCCAUGGAGUCAGAGUUGCUAGGAAUGCUCCGACUAUCUCCCAUAUUUUCUUUUCCGAUGAUAGUCUGUUUUUUGCUAGAGCCAACACAGUUGAAGCUGGUCACAUACUGAGGGUCCUCUCUAGAUAUUAG